AUGGAACAACUCCGGUGGACAUCUGGUGACCUUGAUGGGGAAGCUCAUGGAACGGGUGAUUUGGAAAUAGUGGAAUGGACAGGUUUUAGAGGAAUCAAAGAGUCUGUGGAAGUUUCUUAUUCAUUUGAUGAGGAAGAUUUGCAUGAAACUUUGAGAAAACUUGCAGUAGCGAUGCCAGAUGAAGAGGGCAUGGCAGCAAUGUUAUCCGAAGAGUCUGUUUCUUCUGGACUGGCUGGUUCAACCGGACCAACUUCUGGUUCUUCCCAGCUGCCGGUGUUCUUAUCCUAUCAGCACAAAUCAAAAGAACAAGUUAAAGUGAUCAAAAAAGCACUUGAGACGGUGGGGCUUUCUUGCUGGAUGGAUGAAUCUAGUAUCCGCCUUGGAGAAAAAUUGACGCAGAAGAUUGAAAAUGGAAUAAGGGAGUGCAAGGUCUUCAUUAGCUGCGUGACAAAGGAUUACUGCGUCUCGGAAAUGUGCAGACGUGAAGCCAGUUUAGCCCGCGAAUCCAGAGUCUCUGGAUGUCUUGCCCAUAAGAUAAGGAAUAUUUUAUCUAAGAAAUGUUUCCUUUUAACUCAAAUCCAUUCAGGCUCAGGCUGUUUUUGAGUCAAAAGUUGUACAAUAAUUUAUGCAAAUUGUAUGCCAUUUUCUUAGCAUGAUUUAAAAUCCAUGGAUUUUUGGAGGCUAAAUAUAUUUUUUCUGAAAAGCUAAUUUUGUCCUCUUUCAAAUGAGAUAUAGCACUAAUCACUAGUGUAAAUACUGUUGACAAAAAAAAAUUAGAGAAAAAAGGUUACCAUCAUUUGUCAUUUUUUUUUAGUCAACUAUAAAGAGUUAAAGAGGAUGUUUUAUAUCCUUUCCUUGAUGAUCACUAGACCCUUUCACCCUUACGUGAGACAACAAUCUAAUUUCUCCUUACAAUAUUUUCUCCCGAGUCAAAUCUUAAGGUCACGAGGUUUAAGCUCUUGAUUGUUAGAGAAAUUUACCAUGUCAGCUUAGGAAAUUCAUAGCGUGUAGUAUGGAGAAUAUGCAUGAU